GUUACAGAAACCACUCUGGGUUCCUGUGACAUUCUGAUUGCUUGUUUCGAGAUAUUCCUAUGAAAUUGGAAACGAGGACGGAAGCGAGAGAGCAUAAAGUACAACACGUGUGCCUCAGUUCUCUUUCACGCGUUCCGCUAUUACUAUUAGUAUCAUGUCCUCGGCCCUCCAAGCAGGCCCUUUGACAUUGUCGAAAAAACGGCCUGCGGCAGACGACGAUGCUUCGUCUAUGGAAGGCUCCAGAGGGCCCAAGGUAGCAAAAGUUCACCCUUUUUUCAGCAACUCCCCCAAAGAGCCUAAAACCACUGGCACAUUCCAAUGGCAGAAACCCCUGGGCGCGCGCGGCAGCUGUCUCCAUGGCACGAAUCUCACCCCUGUGUGUUCAUCGAAGGUCGCCGCCUUCGAUCUAGACGGCACGCUGAUUAAGCCCAGCUUUGGAAAGGGUGCAGUUAAGAAAGCAUCGAAGGGAGCGCCUCCAGCAUGGGAAUGGUGGAGAGAUACGGUCCCACAUGCACUCGAAGAGUUACGUUUAGAAGGAUAUUCUAUCGUUAUUAUAUCCAAUCAAGCUAUCAAAGGAACAUCGCUAACCACUUGGAAGGAGAAAGUCGGGCUCAUAGCAGCAACGAUUCCAUCCGUUCCCUUUCAGAUAUUUGCAGCCGUAGCUAAGGAUGAAUAUCGCAAGCCCAUGCCUGGAAUGUGGAAUGAGUUGACAAGAAUAUUCAAAGAGGAUGGUAUAGAAAUAGACAGGACUGUCUCCUUCUUUGUCGGCGACGCUGCUGGUCGAGAUGGAGAUUUUGCAUCCACCGACCGGAAAUGGGCUCUAAAUGUGGAUAUACCAUUCUUCACUCCCGAGGAGUACUUUCUGAAGCAGCCUGUCCAAACAAAGUUCAAACUCGACGGUUUCAAUGUCGCAGAUCUUUCUCAGUUACCACUAUUCUCUCCAGCCCAUACGCCUGUAAUACCGGAACCCAGAAAACAAGAAAUCGUUCUUUUUGUUGGAUAUCCCGGCGUUGGAAAAUCGACCAUAUGCGAGCGCUAUUUUGUCUCAAAAGGAUAUGAACAUAUCAAUCAAGAUACCUUGGGAACCAGACCGAAGUGUGUAGCAGCUGUGGAAAAAUCAAUGCAAGAAGGCACUAGUUGUGUAGUCGAUAAUACUAAUCGGGAUGUACGGACAAGAAAAUACUACGUUGAUAUCGCUCGAAAAUUCGAAGUUCCUAUAAGGUGUUUCGUUUUCACUGGAUCGAUGGAACUCGCAUGGCACAACAAUCUUUAUCGCGCGUACAACCUUCCCCUUUCGUCAGCGUCUCGUCAGGAAAAACGCGAUCUUGUACCAUACCUCGCGUUCACCUCGUUCAGAAAUAGUUAUGAAGAACCCAGCCUGUCAGAAGGAUAUUCAGAAAUCAAGCAGGUUAACUGGAUCUUCGAAGGGACCGAGGAAGAGAAGAAGAAUUGGAGCAUGUGGUUGCAGAUUGAAGGAAAAUGAAAAUGAGUAUCGAAGGUUGGUAUCUAUGACUGGUAACCUCCGAGUUUACUGUAGAGGAUCGCAAUACUGUAAAGACAAUGUAUUCUAUCCGCGUUUAUUUCUAAUGACUCUCAUUACUCCUUAGCAGCAUCCAUGUAGUGGAUUUCGGAGCACUCGCGAAGCCUUUGCGCAGCCUGUUCAGGAGUAAUGUCGCGCUGUGACUCGGCCAUUAACUCGAUUCUAAGGAAUGCUGAGUUCAAGGUGUUCAGUCAGGCAA